CAACCCACGGAUCAUAUGUUCAGAAGCCGCCAUCGGUUAAAUUGCUUGAGAGGCUCGGCAAGAGAAAGCCAUUCACCGGCAACGUUCGCACAGCACAAGUCGCAGUCGUUGUUUAGUUUCGCGUGGACGUGUCUCCCCUUGGUCAUUUUUAGCCGUGCCUUAGCAGCCGCUUCCAGCUUUGGUCUCGCCGUGCAGUAGCUGUCGCAAAGCCGAAAAACCCUCAAAGUGCAUUAAGUAAACGUCAAGUGUGAACCAGACCCGAAACGUCACAAAAUGUCGGAACCAAUUACCGUUGUCGUCACCGGUGCAGCUGGGCAAAUCGCCUACUCCUUGCUCUACAUGAUCUCACGUGGUGAGGUGUUUGGCAAACAACAACGCAUCAACUUGCACCUACUCGACAUUCCACCAAUGAUGGGAGUUCUAGAAGGUGUCGUUAUGGAGCUUGGAGAUUGUGCGCUUCCCCUUCUCAACAAGGUCGUCCCCACAAGUGAUCCAGCUGUUGCUUUUAAAGAUGCCGCCGCGGCAUUCAUGGUUGGUGCUAUGCCUCGUAAAGAAGGCAUGGAACGUAAAGAUCUCCUCAGUGCAAAUGUUAAGAUUUUUAAAGUCCAAGGAGAAGCUCUUGAUAAAUUUGCCCGCAAGGACGUUAAAGUGCUGGUCGUUGGAAACCCAGCUAACACAAACGCCAUCAUUUGCUCUCAUUAUGCCCCAUCAAUUCCAAAAGAGAAUUUCACAGCCAUGACCCGAUUGGAUCAGAAUCGUGCUAAAUACCAAAUUGCAAGCAAAUUGGGAUUGCCAGUGGAUGCUGUUAAGAAUGUCAUCAUCUGGGGAAACCAUUCUUCAACACAAUACCCUGAUGCAAAGCAUGCAGUAGUCACAGUGAAUGGCGCAAGCAAAUCUGCCUGGGAUGCAAUUGGCGAUGCUGCUUACCUCCAAGGAGAUUUUAUUUCAACAGUGCAAAAACGUGGUGCUGCCGUGAUUUCUGCACGAAAGAUGUCUUCUGCCAUGUCAGCCGCUAAGGCUGCCUGCGAUCAUAUGCACGAUUGGUGGAAUGGCACUCCAGCUGGUGAAUUCGUUUCAAUGGGAGUUGUAUCGGAUGGAAGCUAUGGAAUGCCCAAGGAUAUUGUCUUCUCAUUCCCAGUUGAAAUUCGCGAUAAGAAAUGGUCCAUUGUUCAAGGAUUGUCUAUCGAUGAUUUCUCGAAAGGAAAGUUGGACAUCACUGCAAAGGAACUGCUAGAAGAGAAAGAUGAAGCUAUGGCUGUUUGUAAUCAGGAUUGACUAGGCCCAGGGGGUGAGGCAAAACUUUAAAGAAAAAUAAUUUUGUUUUGUCUUUUGUUUGCAUCUUAUUUUUAUUAUGUAUCUCUGCCUUUCGCAUAUUUUAUUUUUAACUUAAGUUGACCACAGCAGAUGAAUUUUUCUAGUUCUUUUGAAAUUAUUUAGAAUGCGUAUCAAUGGAUUUGGUACGAAUGCAGAUCAUAUUAUCUACUGUUAGGAAAAUAUCAUGUGUAAAUAAAGAUAUGAUUUUGGGAUA